AUGCUUCCAGCAAACGUAAUGUCGUUCAUGAAGAAGAUGGUUGCCACCGAUGAGGCAUCUCAUCAGCAACCGUCGAUGGAAAACACGGGAGCGUUCGGGAAGCUGAAGCAAACCCUUUCCACGUCGCUGCUGACGGCACAGGACAGAGUGAACAAAAUGUCCCCACGCCCAUCGCUGGUGCCGGAUGCGACAGAGACGACACCACAGGAAGACCCGUACGGCAAGGAUACGGCGGCAGUUACCGAGCGGGCGGCGAACGAGGGCAACAAGUUCAACACACGGUCCGGUUCGUGCCGGAUAUGUUUGAAAUCGUUUAAACCGAACGACUUCAAAAAGACCUGCGUCGAGUGUGAUCAGAAGGUUUGCGAAGACUGUGCCAGCUAUAGCAAGCUACAAGAUUCGGAAGACUUGGAUCUCUGGCGAUGUAGCGUCUGUCGGCGAAAGAUGGCGUCCCGCAUUUGCAUACCCCAGGAAUCGACCGACUCCGCCCUGGAGGUGCCGGUCAUGGAGACGCUACAGCGGCGCCAUUCGGACAUCAAGCUGGGCUUCAACCAGCAUCUGGACGAUGGCAAGGGUUCCGCGCUGGCACCACCGCGCAGUCCCGAGCUACGCCGCCAUUCGGACGUGUCGCCGGCCUCGCUGAAGGAGUUGGAAAAGCUGAAAGGUGUACAGAACCCGAAGAACGAUAUGGACUGGCGCAAGGGUCACAGUGCCGCACCGAGCCGAUCGUCCAGCCCGCCCGGCCGGAAGGAGAUGGAACUGGGGACGCCGCGCGUCUUCUCCCGCCGCCCCUCGACCAAGAUGUCCCGCCAGCGGAGCUACGACGACGAGUUCAAAACGAUGAGUUCCGACACGAAUCUGGCCGAGGCGGGCCUGAACCUGCCGCCGCCGAUGCCGCGCCGAAAGUCGGCGUACGACGUGUACGCGCCGGGCGUGCUGGUCAAUGCGAUGCAGUCGGUAAAGCUGGCGCCGGACGAUCCGGAAAAGAUCAGCACAUCGCGCCGCUCGUCGAUGAAGAUGAUGGCGGACGGGAACGAGUUCGGUGCGGAUGAUCACACGGUGGCGGAUAUGAAAGCGGCCGGACUGAUUGUGGACGACGAUCGGCGACACAAGCGACGUGGUUCGCAGCUGCCCGACAUUCCGGCACUGAAAGACAAAACUGCCCAGAACUCUGCGAACAUAUCAGUCUACCAGUGUCCGGCGUUGGAGGAUUUGGAAGCACCCAAACGGCAGACGUCGCUGGACGGCGAAGGUAUCAAGAUCGUGAUACACGACGCCGACGCUGGACCACUGUGUGCCGCCAAACGGAGCGUCCUACUGCGAAGGGAUCCCUCGGAUAAAGCGCACAGAACACGUGGCUUUGGGAUGCGUGUGGUCGGUGGUAAAACGGGUGCUGACGGACGACUCUUUGCGUACAUCGUGUGGACCGUGCCGGGUGGACCGGCCGAAAAAGGAGGCCUCCAGCAGGGUGACAAGAUUCUGGAGUGGUGCGGUACCUCGCUGACCGAUCGCAGCUUUGAGGAGGUGUGCGCCAUCAUGGAUCGCACGGGUGACACGGCCGAGCUGCUGGUCGAGCACGCCACCGACUUUAAGAUGUGCGAGCUGCUAGACGAGGGCGGCAUGGGCAUGAACGUCGGUUCGACUUACGGCAGCAGUAAUUCGACACGAGCUUUACCGGACACGAACGUGCAUACGCUAGCAUCAGAGAGUGAAUCAACGGUGGACAAGUCUCCCUCUUCACCGACCAGACGCAAAUUGCCUAAAACACCGGAACAGAUAGCAAAGGGCAAGUUAGUGUCCGGUAGGGUUCAGGUGCAUGUUUACUAUCACGGCGAGCGAAACGAACUUGUCGUUUCGGUGAUGGCUGCCGAUGACCUGCCGGAGCGCGAUGAAUCGCUGGGCUAUGGCAUGUAUCCGGAAGCCUAUGCGUCGAUCAAGUUGCUACCCAAAACGAACGAAUCGCAUGUCGCCCAGACCGAAGUGUCCACUCCCUCUCUGAAUCCCAUUUGGAACGCGACCAUUACCUUCCAGGACGUGUUCAGUGACAAUCUGUUAGACCGUAAGAUAGAGAUAGUGCUGUACGAUCUGUUGCCCCACUCGGAGCCGAUCUUUCUCGGCGAAUGUUCGGUGAAGCUGCAGAAAGCCUGCCUGGACGAUGUGGCCGUCUGGUACCGGCUGGAGGAUCCGCACCAUCUGCGCGGUUCCGGCCCGGUACCGCCCGCCCGGCUCCGGCGCCGCUCGACCACCACCUCCCAGAGCUCGAUCGACGAAAGUUCGGCCUCGUUCGGCCGGUACGGCAGCAUCGAGAGUUCGCGCUUCCAGCGCUCGAUCUCGGACGAUGUCGACAGCCUGGACGAGAGCCGGUACCUGCUCCAUCCGAACUGGUCCGUGUCCGGGAGCAGGCGCGGCUCGACCCAGUCGGAGAUACAGAUGCAAACGCUCGAGGUGCACCAGAUCGGCAAGGAUUACUCGAAAUCGUUGCCCGGUUCGCGGCGUUCGUCCUUUCAGGACACGAAGGAUCAGCUUGCGGUGGGGCCGGCCCACUAUUCGCGCCGCUACUCGACGGGCCGAACGGGCGGUGCGGGCCGGGGUGAUGCGACGCCAGAGCGGAAGCUUUCGUUCGGUGGCACGAUCGGGGGCAUCGGGAGCGGUGGUGGUUCGCGAACCGAAUUUAUGCGCACCAUGAGCCUUUCGCGGGAGCUUGACAUGAAGAAUCGCAAAAAGAAGCGACUGUUCUCGUAA